AUGGGAAUCUUGGGAGUCGAGCGGGACAAGGAUUUCUCCCAUCACAGACGACACUACAGGGAGUUUCGUUUCGACCUGACUCAGAUUCCGGAAGGUGAGGCAGUGACCGCCGCCGAGUUCAGGAUUUAUAAGGAUCACAGUCACGUCAGAUAUGAGAACAUCACACUCAAGGUCACCAUAUACCAAGUCAUCAAAGAAUAUCCAAACAGGGAUGCUGAAACAUUUCUCCUGGACUCCAAAAAGAUCCGCGCUACUGAUGGGGGGUGGCUGGUGUUUGACAUCACGGCCACCAGUAAUCACUGGGUCCUGAACCCGCAGCAGAACAUGGGCCUGCAGCUCUCCGUGGAGACCACUGACGGUAGAAGCAUCAACAUGAAAUCUGCUGGCAUCAUCGGGAGGAACGGACCUCAGUCCAAACAGCCAUUCCUGGUUGCUUUUUUCAAAGCCAGUGAGGUUCUGCUCCGUUCUGUAAGAGCCACAGGAAGCAAGAGGAAGAGCCACAACAGAAACAAAAGCAGAACACAACAGAAAUCUUCGCCAGCUCUCAAAAGUGGAGAUCAGAACACCAGUGAACAGAGACAAGCCUGCAAGAAGCAUGAACUUUACGUGAGCUUCCGUGACUUAGGAUGGCAGGAUUGGAUUAUUGCUCCAGAGGGCUAUGCAGCCUUUUAUUGUGAUGGAGAAUGUUCAUUUCCACUCAAUGCACAUAUGAAUGCGACAAACCAUGCGAUUGUGCAGACCUUGGUCCAUCUAAUGUUUCCUGAUAAUGUGCCAAAGCCUUGCUGUGCACCGACCAAACUGAAUGCCAUAUCGGUGCUGUAUUUUGAUGACAGCUCAAAUGUAAUUCUGAAGAAGUACAGGAAUAUGGUGGUGAGGUCCUGUGGAUGUCAUUGAGGACAUUGAGGAGCUUCUGUGUCAUAUUGCUGGAAUAACAUAUCAAAAGAAAUAGUUUUUGACAUUUGAUGUACAGUAUUAUGUAUAUAUUAGCUCACGAUUCCUCUUAUUUAUUUGGCUUUGUUUUGUAAUAACGUUUUUUAAAAUUUUUAUAUGAGAGAUGUAGAUGAGUUACCACUCUUUACCACAGAUCCAUAGCUGAUUGCUCUUUCUCUGAGAAUAUGUUAAAGAGUUAGGCCAGUUAGAGAGAGUUGUACAGGAUCAAGUAUAAUUUCCUUUCUUUAGAUUACAUGUCAAGUUCAUAAGCAACCACUCCAAAACAGAACUGCUGCUAUUUUACAAAAUAAAUGUAAAUGCCUUAAACUCUGUCACCUAAUCACAUUUUUUUUAUGUGGGGAAAACAGCCAUAUUGGAUUUUGCAAGCAA